UUCCGUACGGAGGAAGUAGCGUGUCAGUUUUGGUUUUACAAGAGCGACCCAUGUGCAGGACAAGGACACGGAUCCUGUGUUGUUAGCUGAAAUAUUAAAUCUAGCUCUGUAGGUUUUUAUUUAUUUCUACUUAAGUGUUGGAUGGUUAUCCGCAGACUUCCUCCAGCGUCAGUCGGAAGAUGCCUCCCAAACCCCUGGAGCCUCUGGCCAAGAAGAUCUUCAAGGGAGUGAUCGCUCUGGAGCUGCUGGGCGUCUUCGGGGCUUACACUCUGUUUCACAAGAUGAACACGAGCCAAGAUUUCAGGAGCACCAUGAACAGGAAGUUUCCGUCUGUUCUGGAAGUGUACUAUCAGUCCAACGAGUGGGCGGGGAUUUACGGCAUCCGUGAGCGAGACCGCGAGGCCUGGUCAGCCAAACAGGACUGAGGAAUAACAAAAAAAAAAAACA